ACCAAUGGCGUCAGCAUACGUUUCCCCUGCUCACUUCCGGGUGGUUUGUUGAUGCAAUCUACUGGAAGUGCAACGAUUACUAUGUGUCUUCGCAUCGGGUAACUGAAUACGACAAGUACUUAAAUAUUAGUGUCAAGUCUUCGAUGAAUCUAGAAAGUCUUACGUGUGGCAAUCCCUGAGACUGGACCUCCACAGGAAGCGAGUAUGGCCAGCGCCGGACCCCAAGCCUCCGGCUCUGCAGGAGCAGACACCAACUCCAAUCCUAGCUCUGGCAACCAGACAACAGGCGAAAGCAGUAAUCAAGACAGCACCUUUGAGUGCAACAUCUGCCUGGACACAUCAAAGGAUGCUGUCAUAAGUCUCUGCGGGCAUCUUUUCUGUUGGCCAUGCUUACAUCAGUGGUUGGAAACCAGACCAAACAGACAGGUAUGCCCAGUUUGCAAGGCAGGCAUCAGCCGUGACAAAGUCAUCCCUCUAUAUGGAAGAGGCAGCACUGGUCAGCAGGACCCCAGAGAAAGAACUCCACCCCGACCACAGGGCCAACGUCCAGAACCUGAGAAUCGAGGGGGCUUUCAGGGCUUUGGCUUUGGCGAUGGAGGUUUCCAGAUGUCCUUUGGGAUAGGAGCCUUUCCUUUUGGCAUUUUUGCCACAGCAUUCAACAUCAACGAUGGACGUCCUCCUCCAGCUGCCCCUGGCACCCCACAGCACAUGGACGAGCAGUUUCUGUCCCGCCUCUUCCUGUUUGUCGCGUUGGUUAUCAUGUUUUGGUUACUCAUUGCAUAGACCGGAUUAGACUGAAACUGCAGUCAGUUUGGAUUCCAGAGUAUGUUCCACUUCACCAAGGAUACAUGACAAAACAGUGGGUUAUGUGACGAACACGCAGUUGUGCCGACUGUCUACAAGCUAUUAUGCUGUGUGGACAUUUCCUGUUCGCGUUCCAAUGAUCUUUGUUCAAUUUUUAGGGGAUGAUUAUACUUGUCACAUUUCACAUCUCCCUAAUGUGUGAUUUCACGUGCAAUAUAUGAACUCCAUAAUCGCAUGUCCAUCAUGGUUAAAGAAACCUGUCAAAAUUUAAUUGUGUGAAAUAAUACUGUGAUCUUUUCUGACCAUUUUUAUUUUUACUAAUGGUGAAGUAUUAAUAAAACAAAUUGUGGUCAUUUUAAA